AUGGCGCAGAGAGGGCUGGCUGUGGCCUUCCUCCUGAUCCUUACCCAUCUGCUCCUUGCAAGGGAACAGCAGGACCCUGCUCCCAGGAACCAGGGGGAAGCCGAGGAAGCAGAAAUGUGCCAAAGGCCCGACUGGGGCCAAGGACUCUGGCUGGUACCAGACAAGGAGAAAUACAAGAAGAAUGAAGAAGUGAUGCUGAGCUGUCCUGAGGGUUUCCAGCCAUCCUUCACCCAUGUGAAAUGUUCAGGAAAAGUCCUGUCCAUCAGCAACGAGAGAUCUGAAUACAGAGAAGUUUGGAAUGGAAGGGACAGCAGAGGCAUAUGGAUCGACAUUCAGCCCAUGUUCAGCGUGGAGUGCAUUGAUGUCCUCCAGGUUGUCUCCGAGACCUUGGAGAUUUCCAGCACCGGCAUCAAACUGAACUGGACCUGCAGGCUCCCUGGCGCCUGCCAGGAAGUUUGGGCCAGGUGCCGGCUGGAAAAGCAUUCCUCCCCUGCCUGUGAGACUCAGGAGGUGAAGGGAGAGGAGAUGCUACAUGGCUGGGAGGGAACAUUUGCCUGUCCCCCUCUGCAGCCCUUCACUGUCUACAGUGUUACCAUCUCUCUGCCCCCCAGCACGAUUCUGUACACACGGCUCCUCAGGACAAAGGAAACAGUGCCGGACAAACCAGAGAAUCUGUGGCUGGAUCCUAACACGGGGUCCCUCAAGUGGCAGGCGCUGCCCUCCUGUAAAGGGGAGAUCAUUGGAUACCAGCUGAACAUCACGGCCAGGAGAGCGCAAGAUGGCAGGUUCCUUGAAUUCAAGCAGGUGUUGGUGAACCAGUCUGUCACUGAGUAUACUCCACCUCAUCAGACACCUGGAAGCAAAUAUACGGUGACAGUGCAGGGUCUCACAGUGGCUGGUGCUGGGGAUGCGUCACUCCUGGAAUUUCAAACCUACGUCUCAGGGCAGCCUCUGGGCAUGUGGUCGGGGUUGACGGUCACGGUAGUGGUGGUGGUGCUGGUGCUGGUCCUCCUGUCUGCAGGCAUCCUGUGGUUUGUGCUGUCCAGGAAAAGGAAGGCUUUGCCCAGCAAAGCUGAGGAGGAUCGUUACACAGAACUGCGGCCCUAUGAGAACUUGGAUGAUUACUGUGUGAUCAAGGAGACUCUUCAGGCAGAGGAAGAUGCAGGUAAAGGUGGCCGGGCUGCAAAGCUGUUGCCCCAGCCCUUGCCUGUCCUGGAGUCCUCAGGAGACAGUCGGAGCAGCGAGAAAGAGAAGAUGGGGCGGACGUUCAAGGCUCAGCGCUGA